AUGACUGUCCUGAUGCGGCGAUGCGGUGGCGGCGAUGUAUCUACACCGGCGGUGAUGAAUCUGCGCAGGCGGCGAUUAAGGAUGUACCGGACGAUUACAGAUGUUCCUCUGCGUACAGGAUGGAUAACUGCUGGCAGUGUCGGAACGCCGGACAAGCUGCCAGCAACAAAAUACUUCGGUGUUAUCAGAGUUGAAGGCCGGACGGCCAAUGCAAGUUACGCGACAUUCGAUGCCCGGUUUCCAGUAAUACUACCAAAAGGUCACUUAAUCACCACAUUGCUACUGAACGAUUACCAUUGCCGGUUCGGCCACGCUAAUCGUGAGACGGUAGUCAACGAGGUCCGCCAGCGAUUUUACAUUCCUAACUUGCGAGCGACGGUGGGCAAGGUCAUGAGGGAAUGUCAGCGCUGUAAGAUUACAAAGUGUCAGCCACAGUACCCGCGAAUGGCACCUCUUCCCGAAGAACGUUUGACACCAUUUGUCAGGCCGUUUUGUUAUGUGGGUGUGGACUACCUAGGACCACUUGACGUGUCGGUUGGACGUCGCAAGGAGAAAAGAUACGUGGCUGUUUUCACGUGUUUGGUCACGCGUGCCGUCCAUUUAGAAGUAGCCCACUGUCUAUCUACAGACUCGUGUAUCAUGGCAGUGAGAAGAUUCAUCCGCAGGCGAGGAUCGCCAGUGGAGAUAUGUUCGGACAAUGGUACCAACUUCGUCGGAGCAAGCAAUGAGCUGAUCAAGCAGAUCAAGAAUAUCAACAACGGAUGCGCAGACACGUUUACUGAUGCGCGCACUAAAUGGACGUUCAACCCACCGUCUGCGCCCCACAUGGGCGGCGUGUGGGAACGAAUGGUGAGGAGUGUCAAAGAAGCUUUGCGCGCUCUCGACGACGGGAGAAAGCUGAACGAUGAAAUAUUGCUCACGGUGCUGACUGAGGCGGAAUGUUUCAUAAACUCGCGGCCCCUAACAUACAUGCCGCAAGAGUCGGCGGGCGAGGAAGCGAUCACACCGAACCACUUUAUUCUCGGAAGCUCGUCGGCAGCUCACGACCCGCUUCGGACUCCAGUCGACUGGGCUGCGGCGCUGAGGAGUAGCUAUCAACGGUCACAAUAUCUGUCAGAAGCAGUAUGGAACCGUUGGCUGAAGGAGUAUUUCCCGACACUAAACAAACGACCGAAGUGGUUCGAAGAGAGCAAGCCAGUACGGGUUGGAGAUUUGGUUUACGUAGCAGAGGGGAGUAGACGAACGUGGAUACGUGGAAAGGUGCAGCAAGUUAUUGUAGGAAGCGAUGGCAGAAUCCGUCAGGCAGUAGUGCGAACGUCGAGUGGCAGAGAGCUGAAGCGACCGGUAGUCAAGUUAGCGGUUAUGGAGGUGGCAGCUGGUGGAUUCUGUGAGGAGCCCAGUAAUCCUCAUCAGGAUCCACGGGGCGGGGGAUGUUCUGGCAUCGCUGCAGCACUCACUACAGAUAAAACAGGUGAGCACCCCCCUGGACUCGACAGUCGAGACGAAGCGAACGGGCACCCCCCUGGACCGAAUGAUCGAGAACCGUCAGAAAAAGAAGUAUCGAUAUCAUCGUAG